AUGCGCCAGUUCCGACCGAUGCGCUUCCUGCUGAUCGCACUUGCAGCUACCUGCCACUUCAGCAGCGGCGUCCAAGCUGCGGUUAUCGAAACGUCCUACCUCACGACGUCCGGCUACUUCGUUUCCAACGUCGACGACAGCGGGACGGCGCUCAAGCUCCAACUCACGCGAAACUCGACCGUGGCCAACGCCACGUACGGAGACGACAUCGACGCCCUCGUGGUUGAGGUGACCAAGAGCUCCAACGAUGCGGUGCGCGUCAAGGUUGCGGACGACGCAGGCGAGCGCUGGCAGGUUCCGUUCAGUCUUGACUCGACCACGACCUUCACGUACACGUCGAGCCCCUUCACGUUCCAAGUGACGCGCAAGGCGGACGGCUACUUGCUCUUCGACUCCUCGGCGCUGUCACUGGUCAUCAAGGACAAGUACGUGCAAGUGGCGACGGCUGUGAGCAGCGACGUCAACGUGUUCGGCUUCGGCGAGACGACGCAGACUCACCUGCGCGUCCAGUCGGGCGACAAGCGCACGCUGUGGGCUCGAGACCAAGGAUCCGCGAACGUCAACGUGAAUCUGUACGGCUCGCACCCGUUCUUCAUGGGGGUCAACGGCGACGGCCACGCGCACGGCGUGCUGCUACUGAACAGCAACGGCAUGGACAUGACCCUCGAGGACGACAAGGUCGUGUACCAGACCAUCGGCGGAAUCCUCGACUUCCACAUCAUCGCGGCCUACACGACUCUGAUCGGGCGUCCGAAGCUGAUGCCGUACUGGUCCUUCGGCUUCCACCAUUGCCGCUACGGCUACAACUCGAGCGCGGCGCUGCGCGAGGUGGUGCGCCAGUACAAGGCGCACGAGAUCCCGCUCGACGUCAUGUGGGCCGACAUCGACUACAUGCACGACUACGAAGACUUCACGCUGGACCCGGUGAACUUCCCCGAGGCCGACAUGACCGAGCUGCUGGCGGAGAUCCACGUCGCCGACCAGAAGUUCGUGCCCAUCGUCGACCCCGGCAUCCCCGACGAUGACGACCUGGACGCGUACACGCGCGGCCUCGAGAUGGACAUCUUCAUGAAGGACAGCGACGGCGCGCCGUACCUGGGCCAAGUGUGGCCGGGCCCGACGUACUUCCCCGACUUCUUCCACCCGCAGGCCGAGAGCUACUGGGCCGAGCAGUUCACGCGCAUGCACGCGCUCAUGGCGUACGACGGCAUCUGGAUCGACAUGAACGAGCUCUCCAACUUCUGCAACGGCCUCAACGUCACCUCACAGACCACGUGCUGCCUCGUGUGCGCGGACGACGAGAGCGAGUGGAACUCGCCUCUGUUCGCCAUCAACAACGACGGAGACCAGACGGCCAUCAACUACAAGACCGUGUCCGCGAGCGCGCAGCAGUACGGCGGCGUGCUGCAGUACGACGCGCACAACCUGUACGGCUUCACUGAGGCCAUCGCCACCAACGCGGCGCUCGAGUCCGUGCUCAACAAGCGCGCUUUCGUGCUCUCGCGCUCGACCUUCGUGGGCUCGGGCGCCCACACGGCGCACUGGACGGGCGACAACGCGGCCACUUGGAACGACCUGCAGUGGUCGAUCCCCACCAUCCUCAACUUCGGCAUGUACGGCGUCCCCAUGGGCGCCAACCCGCAGGAGACGUACGUCUGGGACUCGGUCGCUGAGAUUGGCCGCAAGUUCAUCGGCAUGCGCUACCGCCUGCUGCCGUACCUGUACACACUGGGCUACGAGGCCCACGCGACGGGACUGCCGAUCGCGUGCGCGCUUUUCUUCGAGUUCCCGGGCGACGCCAACGCGCGCGCCUCGCCGUACGUGGACAACCAGUUCAUGCUCGGUAGCUCGCUGCUGGUCGUGCCCGUGCUCACCGAGGGCGCCACCAACGUCACGGGGUACGUUCCGUUGGGCGUCUGGUACGACCUCUUCGACUACUCCAAGAUGGAGUCGACCGGCGCCGCGGUGGCGUGGAACGUCAGUCUCUACGACAUGCCCGUGCUCGUCCGCGGCGGCUCCGUGUUGCCGAUGCACCAGGCCGCGCUCACCAGCACGACAGCGCGCAACUCGUCGUACGACUUGUUGGUGGCGCUAUCUGCCAACGGAAGUGCAAGCGGCGUGCUGUACCAGGACGACAUCGAGGCGGUGAACGGGGACGAGCAGUCGACGAUCGUCGAAUUCAGCGUCUCCGGCGCGGCGUUGAGCAACAAGGUGGCGCAGAACAACUACAACGGAGAAGAUUUCACGGACGCCAUUGCGAAUGUCGUGGUGCUGGGCGUCUCGGAGGGUCCUUCUCGUGUGACGGCGACUCCGGCCGCCCUCGCCAUUGAUGUCAGUAGCGCGAACCUCAGUGUCGUCCAGGAUUUCACCGUGGUGCGAAUGAGCUUUGACACAUUCUUGCAAGUGUUAAUUGUGUUAUUGCCAUACCAAAACGUCUCCACAAUUUGA